UCGGUGGUGGCCGCCAGAGCGGCGCGCCGCGGGGCAUGCCGGGAUGGUGGCGCCGGGCUCUGGCCGCCGACGAGCCGCCAUGGCGGUGCCGCCGGCCCCGGUGCUCCUCGUCCUCCUCCUGCUCCUCCCGGUGAUGGCGGCGGGAGGCGGCGCGGCACCCGCCUGGGACGAGGCCGGGUACCUGCUCUACUGUCCCUGCAUGGGCCGCUUCGGGAACCAAGCCGAGCACUUCCUGGGAGCCCUGGCCUUCGCCCGCGCCCUCAACCGGACCCUGGCCGUGCCGCCCUGGAUCGAGUACCGGCACCACCGCCCGCCCUACACCAACCUGCACGUCCCCUACUCGGAGCACUUCAGGCUGGAGCCGCUCCGGCGGUACCACCGCGUGAUCAGCCUGGAGCAGUUCAUGGAGCAUCUGGCGCCCCGGCACUGGCCGCCCGGCAGGAGAGUGGCUUAUUGCUUCGAGGCUGCUGCCCAGAGAAGCGCGGACAAAAGCACGUGUCCCAUGAAGGAUGGAAAUCCAUUUGGUCCCUUCUGGGAUCAGUUCCAAGUGGAUUUUGAUAAGUCUGAGCUCUUCAAGGGUAUUUCCUUCAGUCCUGCAUACAAGGACCAUUGGAUCCAAAGGUUUCCAGCCUCUGAGCACCCUGUUCUCGCCUUACCUGGAGCUCCAGCCCAGUUUCCUGUCCUGGAGGAGCACCGGCCCCUGCAGAAGUACAUGGAGUGGUCGGAUGCAAUGGUGAAGAAGGGAGAAGCCUAUAUCCAGUCUCUGCUGCUCCGGCCCUACGUCGGAAUUCACCUGAGGAUCGGCUCCGACUGGAAAAAUGCCUGCAACAUGUUAAAGGACGGGACGGCCGGGCCACACUUCAUGGCUUCACCACAGUGUGUGGGCUACGACCGCAGUGCUGCCGUGCCUCUCACCAUGGACAUGUGCCUGCCAGACCUCCGAGAGAUCAAACGGGCUCUCAAGCUCUGGGUGGCAAAGAUUGAAGCUAAAUCUGUUUAUAUUGCUACUGAUUCCGAGCCCUACACAACAGAAAUACAGCAGUUCUUCCAGGAAAAGCUCAAGGUUGUCAGCUUGCAGCCAGAAGUGCCUCAGAUUGAUCUGUACAUCCUUGGCCAGUCUGACCACUUCAUCGGGAACUGUGUCUCUUCCUUCACUGCCUUUGUGAAAAGAGAACGUGACAUCCAUGGGAAACCCUCCUCGUUUUUUGGCAUGGACCACCCACCGAGGCUGCGGGAUGAGUUCUGACCGAAGGAGGAAGAGGCUCCGUGGUUCCAGGGCUCUGAGCUGGGUCUUUGGUGCUGCAGCAUUCCCUGUGGGCAGUCAUUGCUGGGCUGUGGGAGAGCUCCUGCCCUCCAAUGCUCCUCACAGCCCCUUCCAGACUGUUCUGUCUGAUCUCUCCUGUGUUUCCAGUGUGAGCUCAGAUAGAAAUUUAAAUCGUGUAGUUUAUAGGAAACUAUAAACUAUAUAUAGUUUUUUAAGAUGUAGCUUUUAUAGCUCUCGAUUCUCACUACUUGGGAUUCACCAGCAAUCAUGAUGAAGCAGCUGCUCAGAUUUCCUCCUCUUUUCUUUCUCUGUUAAUUCUAAAUUCUCACCUGGAGAUGUUUUGAAGUUUUGUGUCCAAAACUGACCAUAAUUGGUUCUCUUUGAGUGUAAAACUUCUGUCAGGCAUAUGAGGUUCCCUGGAAAGGGCGUGCAAGGUGAAGCUCAGGACCAAAAAAGCUCUGGAGUUUAUCAAGGACCACAGUUUUCUUACUAGACUUGUGUCACCACAGUGCCUCAGUGUCCCUUCUCCUGUGCAAAGAGAUCCCAUCCCCCCUCGUAUGGGGCCCUGGAUCUCUUUGGUGGUGCUGGAGGAGUGCAGUGGGACAUGGUGUGACGUGGCAGCUGCCUGUUCAGCUUCUCUGCAUCAGCCUGGGGCAAGGUGUGUGCAGGGACAUGGGAGGAGAUUUGUCACAGCCAGGCCAGAACUGGAAUUGAGGGCUCAUAGCUUUGUAGCUGUUGAUGUCAGUGAGGUCUGUGGUAGAGGAGAAACUUUGAGCCAAGGUUAUUAAAAUAGCUAUAGUGGGGUUGGGUAUGUCAUACCUGGGUCUAUGGUAUUGUAUUGUUUUUGUACUUUAUAAGAUAACCCCUCUGAGAGCAUUACCCUUGUCUGGGGCAGUUCUCAGUGGAGGUAACCCUGGAUAAUUAUUCACUGAUGGGGGAGCAACAGCCCCCCAUCUUCUGUUUGGCCUGGUGUGGUUUGCUGCUGGUAACACUGAUAAUCCCAACAUGGUGAGACUCAACUCGACCAAUGCCUUUUGGUGCUUCUGUGACUUCAUUUUCUGGUCCAAAGACUGAGUACAGAAUGGUUCACUUUUCAAAAAUGCCACUUGGGUGAGUCUGUGGUACCAGAGCUGCUGCCUCUAGUGCACUGCUGCAGUCCAGGCAAGGCUGUUAUGAGCAGUUAACUCCAAAUGUCUCUUUUUAUGGUGGUCUUUUCCUCCUUGGAAUGUUUCUGAGCUUUUAAGGAGUUUGAGGGCUCAGGGGAGAGGCCAAAAUGAGAAGGUCCCCAGUUGUCAGGGUGGCAAAAACUCAUCUCUUGUUUCCUCAGUGCUGGCUUCAAAAAUCAUGGGAUUUGGGGGAAAAUUAUCUGGUUUUGGGCCUUUGGAAGCCGGGCUUUUGAAGACUGAAUCUCCUUGUGUCAUACAGUUUACUGAUCUUGGGUGAUGCCCUUGGGGCUGCCUUGCCUUGCUGUGGAGCAGGGGAAGCCUUUCCCCACACUGUUGGGAAGACAAAGUAUUAAAACAAAAUGUUGGGGUGGGGUGUUGUUUUGUUUUUGUUUUUUUUUUGUUUGUUUUUUUUUUUUUUUUUUUUUUUUUUUGUUUUGUUUUGUUUUAAAUAAGGUAUUUUUGUAGUAAUAAAAACUUGAUUUUGUAUUCA